AUGAACGCUGCCGCCGGCCGCGGCGCCGGCGGCGGCGGUCCCAUGGUGCGCCUCCUGCUCCUGGCCGGCGCGGACUGCAACGCGGCCAACCAGUACGGCCUGACCGCCCUGCAUUACGCCGCGCGGCGCUUCUCGCGCGACGCGGUUGUGGCGCUGCUGGAGGCCGGUGCGCGCCCCGACAUCGCUGCCGCGGGCGCCGGCGGCCGCACGCCCCUGGCCAUGCUCGCCACCAGCUGUGCUGACCCGUCAGUGGCGGACGCGGUGGCGAUCGUGUGGGCGCUGCGCGACGCAGGCGCGCGCCUGGGGGCCGCAGAAGCGCCCGGCGGCGGCGGCGCCGAAGGGGCGGCCGAGGGGCAGGCCGGUGUGGCCGGGGCGCCCCUGCGCCUGGCGUUUGGGCCUGACGGCUGCGCGGCCGCAGCCGUCGCGCUGCGCCGCGCCGCGGAGGACGCCGGCGAGCCGCUGCCCGCGCGCGCAGACGGCGCGCUGGCGGCGCGGCUGCUGCGGCUGCUGGAGCGCCAGCGUGCGCGCCGGCGCGCGGCAGAGGAGAGCGUCUCGCCCGGCCAGCUGGGCGCCGCUCGCUUGUUGCUGCUAAGCGCAGCGGGCAAAGUGGCGAUGCCAGAAGGGGCGAUCGCUGCUGGCGCGCCUUCCGUGCACCACCUGGACCAGCAGCAGGUGGCCGGAAGCUGGGCCUCUGAUGCCGCCGACGCACCAGCCCGCAUGCGCCGCAUCGCCUCGGCCCCCGCGCUCCGCGCCGCAUGCGCGAGCAGUGCGGCCGCCGCCCCCCCGCGCCGUGCAUGUGCAUGCGCGACGGCGGCGGCCGGCGCGCAGCCUUGCAGCUGCCUUGAGGGCGGGCUCGAGGUGUACGUCGUGUCCCGCGCCUUCACCGAGUUUGCGGGGCCGCUGGUGAAGAAGAUGAGCCCGGAGAUGCGGCUGUCCCUGGUGGACCUGGGGCUCUGCCAUUACAUGACGGUGUUCAGGACGCCGGAGGGCAAGUACGUCCAGUUCGAUUUCGGGCCGCACGGCGGGGACGUUGAAAAGGUCAACGGCCCCGUCGGCGCCUGGCUGCGGCGGGCGCGGCAGCAGCAGCAGCAGCAGCAGCAGCAGCGGCAGCAGCAGGCCGGCGGCGGCGGCAUGCGGCAGAGCCCGAGCGCGCCUGCGCUGGAGCUGUGCGCGGCGCUGGCAGCGGCGGAGGGGGGCCGCGGCGAUGGGUGCUGCGGCGCGGGCGACCUGGACGACUGCAGGCCCAAGUCCAGCGGCGAGAUCCGGGAGCGCGUUUUGGACGGCCUGCCUGCUGCGCACAUGUACGUGGGCCGCACCAACCUGAGCCUCGAUGAUGUAAGGCUGUACAACAGCGGGCGCGCCAAGCAGUACCGCCUGCACGAGAACGACUGCAGGCACUACGUGAACCAGCUGGUGCAGUACGCCACCGGCAUGGAGCACUCCACGCAGCACCUCAAGCGCCACCACUUUAAGUCGCGCCUCGCGACCAGCCCCUGGCUGCUGCACAGCUGGCUCGUCGAGGCCGGCCAGUUCGCGACCGACAUCGGCAACUGGUCGCGCCUGCAGGCCGGCGGCGCCGCCGCCCUGCUGGCGAUGACGGGGCGCGUGACGGUGGCGCACCUGAGAGCGAUCGCGGCUAUCGCGCACGCGAAGGGCGUGGCAGUCGGCGGCGCCGCGGCGGCCGCGGCUGCCGCGGCGGGCGGCGGGAGCGGCGCGUUUGGCGGGUUUGGUGCGUUUGCGUCACUGAUGCUGGCGCCGACGGCGGUUGUGUCGGCGGGGCUGCGGCGGCCGCUGGCCGGCGGGGCGGUGGCUGCCGCGGGUGCGGGCGUCGUUGCCAUGGGCGGUGCGGCAGCGGACAGCGGCGCCGCUGGCCGGCAGGCGGGGCUUGCUUUGCGUGGCGGCGGCGGCAGCGCGAUGGCACGCAUGCGGGAUCAGGUGGGUCGCGGCCUGGUGGGGGCAGCAGCAGCACUGCAGCGAGUCACGUUUGGCGCUGCUACUGCCGCCGGCGGCAACGGGCGCGGCGGCUGGGGCGCGGGCCGCCAGCAGCAGCCGGCGGCGCGCCGCACGGUCGUCGUCGCAGGCGCCGCCGCCGCUGGCCCUGCCCCUGCCGCCGCCGUCGCUGCACGCGGCGGGGGUGUGUUUGGCGGCCUUGCGUCCUUUGGCAAUGCGAUCGCCAGCGCCGCGCGGCUGCGCGUCGGCGCCUUCGCCCCAUUGCGCCGAGGCGGCGCCGGCGCCGCCGGCGCGCCCGUCUGCUCACCGCACUACGGCCGCCACAACCCCCAGCAGCACCCCGUCCUUGUCAGCGUCGCGGCCGGCGCGGGGGCGCCCGUGUCUCUGGGCUCUGCCGAGCGGGUGGCGCUUGCGGGCGGCGAUGUCGCCCACCUCAACGCGCUGCUGGGCGCCGACGCCGGCGGCGCGGGCGCAGGUACGGGUGCCCAAGCGCAUCGCGUGCGCAAGAGCGCCAGCUGCGGCAGCAUCUCGGACCUGGGCGGGGCCGGCGGCGGCGGCGGCCGCGCCUCGGCCGACGCGGUGGGCAGCAUCCACUACGGCGGCUGCGGCGGGCGGCAGACGCUGCACCUGCCCGCGCCGCGGCUGGCGUGGCUACGCCGCAGCAGCAACGCGCUCGUCUUGCACGGGCCCUAG